AUGCCAUUGAGUGGAUUGUCAAACCAGCCCUUGCCCCAGCUCUACAGCAUUAUUUCAUCCAUCGUUCCUGAUACACUGUCCCCCAUUGAUGACAUCAUUGACAGUGACACUGGAUUGGAUUUACAACCUGUCCUGGAACCAUCGGGGUCUAAAGGAGAUCGAGAGGAUUCAGAUGAUAACUUGCAUGCAGAUGAUGACAACGACAGUCUCAAUGAGUCCUCAGGAGAGGAUCCGGGUGAGAAUGGGAAUGCAGAGAAGGAGAGUGAAAACCCAAAUGCUGGCUGGGCCGAGGCCAUGGCAAGAAUUCUCCUCAAGAAAACGCCAGAAAGCAAAACAGCUAUACUGCUCAAAAAUAAAGAACUGGAAAAAGCGAAAGCAAAAGAAAAACAGGAGCGACUGGAGAGAAGAAAACAGGUGGAUAAGAAACGGCAAUGGGAAAUGAUGUGCCGAGUGAAGCCAGAUGUUGUUGCAGAUCGAGAGACUGAGAAGAAUUUUCAGAGGAUAGCCACCAGAGGUGUAGUUCAGCUGUUCAAUGCUGUUCAGAAGCACCAGACAAACAUUGAUGAGAAAGUGAAGGAAACUGGGGGAUCAGAAAGGAAACGGGCCAAGCUGCUGUCUUCCGUGUCCAAGAAAGACUUUAUUGAUGUGCUUCGAGGAAACAAGGUCGAGAAGCAGUCCAAGGCAGAGAAAGGCAAACAGGUUGAAGUAAAAUCAGAAGACAAGCCUUCCUGGAACAUUUUACGUGAGGAUUUCAUGAUGGGAGCUACCAUGAAAGACUGGGAUAAAGAAAGUGAUGAAGGGCAAGUAGGAGAGGCUCAUGGGGAAGAAGACAACAGCGGUUCUGACUGAGUUUUGUGCAUCCUGAUAAAUCAAAAUCAUUUGUCUUGUAUAUAUGAAAAAGCUUAUCAUUCUAUGAAUGUGUACACUUUAACAGGCUUAAUUGUGCAGAGGUCAUCAAAUUUGAGCGUUCGAGUUCAAAUUUGCUUCACAUUGUGUUACCAAAUGUUUUUGAAAGAAAAAGUCACACAUUUAUUGUGUUAAUACAAGUUUUGUAAUGACAUUUGUGUACAGUUUGUGGGUGUAACUUGCUGUUUUAGUAUAGUAAGGAACGUUGCCAUUGAUUUGUGGUAGUUUUUUUUUUUUUUUACAGGAAUUACAAUGUUUGACUUUUUUUUUUAUAAAAAUAAAUUAGCAGUAAAAUAAAUGUUCGCUGUUUCUGGAGAAGAGAAUUAACAGGGUAUUCUACAGGCAUGGUCUGAAAAGUUUUCACUAUUUUCUUAAUAAGGUACUUGAAUAUGUUCAUUCAGAAAUAGUUCAUCUUGUGUAGAUAGUUAUAUACAUAAAGCUCAACUUGAAAUCACAGCUGGUUUACAAAUUAAUAAUUCGAUUAUUCAUAAUUUCUCUUGUAAAUUAUACAUCUAAUAUAUAAAAUAUAUCCUAAGGUGGCAGCUGAAGUGCUCAAGUAAGUGACCUCUUCCUUCUAAGUAAAUAUUGCCUUAGAGUGCUGUUUUGUUUGGAGUGACCUGCAGGUUUUCUUAAGUCCACAGUUGCAAGAAAGAAUGCCUGCAGUUUUUUUAGAGCGGCUCUUGCGUUGAACCACAUUUUGCUAUGUGGAAAAAUUUGCCAAAUACCUUAUUUGAAAAAGGCUCAAAUUGUAAAGCGUGUUUAUCUCUGCUAGCUUCUCUCUAUCACAAAAAUUAACUAUUUCUCAAGUGAUAAACACAUCCUGUCAUGAAAGAAUGUUAGAUCAUCAGUGUUAACAUUCUUAUAUACUGUCCACAGCUCUGCUGUCCCAUCAAUAAAUAGUUCCUUAAGGAUUCUAAUGCAUUUAGUCAGUAAAAUAUUUUCAGAUGCUUAAUACUGUUUUAAAUGUAAUGUAAUAUACUUAGACUUGUCAAUUGAACUUGUUUCCUUCAUGUAUUACCAAUAGUCAAUUUACGGAAUAUAAAUGGAACUUUGUUGUCACACAGCGCUAAUGUUUGUUUUAUGAAACUAAAAAUGUAAUUCCUGUAUAAACUAGUUUUGUCACUCUUCCUUAUGAACUGCUAUAAAGUAAUUGUUGCAAGUUCUUUAAAAGUUCAAAUAAUGUCAUCUCAUUGAUGUUAAGGUACAGGUAAUAGUAUAUAGCUUACAUUUUUUCAGUCUGUCAAUGUUAAUAUUGAUUUACUUAAAACAUAUGCUUAUAAUAGUAAAAUGGUGAUGAGUGUUUCAGAGUUGGAGGUUUUGAGUCUGUCACAGGUGAUGAAUGGUAGUUAAACUGUUGGCAACGAAUGAGACAUUUUUGAAUUUCUGGUGAGUGCACACGCAUUUCAUGCUGUCAGUCAGUGUGGGCACCUUUAAGAGACUGCUGUGGUAAAAUAAAUAAAACGUUUGUCCAACUCCUUUACACAUCACUCUGAUACAUUGUGAAUGAUAUGGCUGUUCCACAGAUUGGCUUGAAAGUUUAAAUAGCAAAUACCAUCCAGAAAUGAGGCUUGAGUUUGAAGGUUAUUUAUGACACUAAUGAUGUGUGUGUCCGUUCUCUUGCUAUGUUAGUACUAAAAUGUAUUAACUAUGUUCACAAAACUUAUUCCUAAGCUUUUUAAAGGCUUAAGAAUAGAUUUAUUAAUUAGUAAUACCAAGCCCAGAGGGCAUUUAACAGUCGCAGGACCAUUUUUAGUCCCUCUGCAAUGUGCUUAGAUAGAAUUUGUGAUAGCACAGUACAACAGCUGUUGUCUUAAAUUAUCUGGGAUGAAAGUUUUCAGCUACUUGGUCAUUUCAUACUUCAGUUAAUUUGAUCUUGAUGAUUUAGUUUUUUUUUGUUUUUUUUUCUGUAAGUUAGGCUUUCUCUUGCCCUAGAAAUGUGUGAACAGAACAUCAAACUGUUAAUGUUACAAAAACUCAUGACAUUUAAUUCUUCUAAUGAAUCUUUUUUAAAAAAAUAAAUAAAUAAAUGGUGCAAAAUUA